CGCACCGAAGACAGCCAUAAAAAAUGGGCGAAGUCAUAGACUUUACUGAAGCACCUCCAGUCGGAGGGAAAACUGUGCUACUCUUUUGGGCUCCUUGGCACGAAGCUUCCGCAGCGGGCGGUCCGAUGGACCAAGUGCUGCGAGCACUAGCUUCAUCAACGUCUGAGACGGUUCGCUUCGGGCGAAUUCAGGCCGAAAAGCUUCCGGAUGUUUCAGAUCGCUACGGUGUAUCGGUGGUACCGACAUUUAUUUUGCUAAACGAAGCUGGGGUUGUGGUCGAACGUAUCGAUGGCGGAGACGAUGUCUCUCAAGUAACCCAGGCAGUGCAACGACUCGUGGCGGCCAGUCCGUCGCAAGGAGGGGGAACUGGCGGAGAUCUAGUUUCCCUUUCCCCAACAGAGAUGUUGACGCAACGGUUGGAGAGACUCAUUCGAUCGUCCGAAGUAAUGCUUUUCAUGAAGGGUGUACCGACCGCGCCUAGGUGUGGCUUCUCCCGCCAAGUCGUGGACAUGUUACAGGAAGAAAACAUUCCGUUUGGUAGUUUCGAUAUCCUUUCGGAUGAGAAUGUACGUCAAGGACUAAAGACGCAUUCCAAUUGGCCGACAUAUCCACAAAUCUAUGCCAAGGGCGAUCUCAUUGGAGGCUUAGAUAUUCUAAAGGAAAUGAAAGAGGAAGGGAGUCUGAAGGAACAAUUUGGUAUAACUGCAACAGCAGAAGCACAGCCUUCUUUGGAAGAACGCCUGAAGAAGCUUAUCAAUAGAAACCGUGUCAUGCUGUUUAUGAAAGGUUUGCCAUCUGCGCCGCGCUGUGGCUUCUCUCGGCAAACGGUAGAAAUUUUGGACUCUGAAUCUGUUCCUUACGACACCUUCGACAUUUUGCAAGAUGAGGAGGUUCGUCAAGGUUUGAAAUCGUACUCCAACUGGCCAACUUUCCCUCAGCUAUACGUAGACGGAGAUCUGGUAGGUGGACUAGAUAUCAUUCAAGAAAUGGAAGAGGAUGGUAGUCUUUCUGAAUUGCUAAAAGGUGCACACGGACAGUAGUUUAUCGGAAUACCAUAAUAGCUUAUUCUUACGUCUGAAA